AUGGGAACUGUUUCAUCAACCCCCAAAAAUCGGAGACGGAUAGUUAGUGACAGCAGUCAUCAAUCUCGGGUAUUGAAUCUUUUGAAUGUGAUGAGACAAAAUAAUGAACUGACGGACUUCAUCAUUAAGGCAGGCGAUUUGGAAUUCAAAUGCCACAAGGCAUUGCUUAUGGCUGCAAGCUUCAAUGGCCAUAACAAGAAAACUAACGAAAUGUGGAUUAGAGAGAGUACUGUUACUUUUCACAAGGUCAAGUCAGCUGCUGUUGGCGCAGUCAUUGAUUUUAUUUAUACGUCCAAUAUUUGCAUUGAGGAGGGGAACCUUAAAGACGUAACAACUAUUGCCAAGAAAAUCCAGUUGUGGUCAUUGGAGAAAGCAUGCGAACAGUUUUAUACAGAGAUCUCUACGCAACAAAAGCACAAAAUCAAAACUAAUACGAAGAAGAUAAACUUUUGUGAUGUCAAUCAUGCUAGAGCAAUUCUCCUGAGUCUUAAUGAGAUGAGACACAUUCCAAAGUUGACGGACACUGUGAUUGAGGUUGCUGGAAAGUACUUCCAGUGUCAUCGUGCUGUAUUGGCCAGCGGAAGCGACUAUUUCAAAGCAAUGUUUACCAAUGAAAUGCAAGAGAAGAAAUGCAAUCAUGUAAAAUUGAAUGAAGUUAAUCCACGCAUAUUCAAAAUUCUAUUAGAUUUCUUGUACACUCCACAGAUGUUGCUGAAUUCUAGCUGUUUGGAAGAAGUCCUAGUCACUGCAAACUAUCUACAGAUCCAGUCGGAGAUAUUAACUGAUCAUUGCGCUAAGUUAAUGUUAGAUAAGUUGUCAUUGUCAAAUUGUUUAAAAGUUCUCAAUUCCUCUCCGGCGCUUCUUUGUCCAGCUGUUGAUCGUGAAGCUAUCACUCUCAUUAUCACACAUUUUUGCUCACUUUACAAGAGCAAAGAAUUCUUGGAACUCUCACGUCAUCAUCUAAUUGAGAUCAUAUCCAACGACUCUUUGGACGUUAACGAGGAAGACAUGGUUUUAGAUGCAGUUGUCAGAUGGAUAAAUUUUGACAAAACACGCCAGUCGCACAUUGGAGAGGUCAUGCAACAUGUUCGGUUUCCUUUUAUUAAUAAGAAUUAUUUAGAUUCUGCAAUAUCAAGACAACCAUCUGUAAUGCAAUCACCAAUAAUUAGUCAGCAUAUAAAGCAGGCAAGGAAGUUCCCAGUAACAUGCCCUAGUCAGGAAAACAAUAACCAAUUCAAGCCGCGAGUGUCACUAACAACACCUGGCAUUCUUUUGUUCGGAGGGGAGGAUGGUGAGAAUGGAUACAUCAGUGCCCAGUGUUAUAUGUCACAGACAGGCAAAUGGAACAAUUUGAGCACCCUUCCAUCCACGUUAACCUGUAUAAAAGUCGUCACAUUGAAUAAUGAUGUUUAUGUAAUGGGAGGAGAGGAUUUUGCCACAUUUGGUGACAUUAUGUGGAAAUACAACACCAGGUAUAAUACUUGGUCUAAGAAAUCUCCCAUGAAUAUGAAACGUCGUAACUAUGCAGUGUGUUCGUUGUCUGGACUUAUCUAUUGUAUUGGUGGUAUCAGUUCAGGCAAGUUCUGUAUGGAUGAGGUUGAAGUAUAUGAUCCAGAAACCAACAUGUGGCAACAGGGCACACCACUUUUAGAAGGCAUGGGUGGGCCAAUUGCAGUAGCUUACAAAGAACGCAAUAGAUUGUUGGUAUUCAACAGUGAUGAUAGUGUGGACACCAUGCAAGCUUACUUGCCUGCCUUUGGAAAAUGGUACCUGAUAUCCGCUUACCAUCCUCCGCCAAAUAUUGGUCACUUUCGAGAUGCUUUCUUAUUGAAUUCCGAAAUCUAUAUAGUCGGGGGAACCAAAAACACUGAAGAUCCAUAUAUUUGGGUUUUUGAUCUGGCCUCUCUCAGUUGGAGCCGAGGUAUUCCACUGCCACACAAACAGACAUGUGAUAAUGAUAUACUUUGUAUUACUAACGUUAAUCGCAAGAUUUAUCUCAUCUCCAAAGAGUAUACUCGUACUAAGCUUGGCAUUGAAGUGAAGCAACUGCACUUUGAUUUGUUUGAUUGUAUGACGGGUCAGUCCACCACAUUACAGUCGUUGACAUCAACAUCAAACUGGCCUUCCUGUAACAUGGCUGCUGUGAAUGUUUACAAACAUACAGCAAAAGAAUACAGUGAAAUGUAUACUGAAUGA